AUGUGCUGUCUCUGGGAAGAGAACAUCAAGAAACUCGCAGAUGCUGGAGGUCUUGAAGCCUGGGAGUUGCUUUCAGAUGACGAGAAGGAUCAACAAGAUCAGGAAACAUACAAUCGACUAUGCCGAUGUCUUGGCAAUGAAGCAUGGGAGAAACUUUCAACUGAGGCAAAGGAGGAGGCAGCGCUCUACAUCUGGACAGGAUGCUGCAUGCACAAGGAGAUGAAUGGGACAAAGGGUGGGGCAACUCGCAUGGGAGGGUUCUGGUCUUGGAACAAGAUCCCAGGGCCACUCAAACUCUUCAAUCACGAUAACGCUGCUGCAGUUGCAGCUGGCCCAUCAACUGCCCAUGAUCAAGCAAUGGAUGUCUCACAAGGAGGGGCAAUCAAGUUGGCAUUGCUUGCAGGAAUGCUUUUCAAUCACAAGGACAACAAGAAAGGCUUACAAGACACAUACCGAAUCUACUUUGAGUGCUGCUUGGGGUACGCUGUUCACUUUCCAGACACAAGGAACACCCAUUUCCAAUCCCACCUCCAGGGAGCCACUGAGCUCCUCAUCCACCUCCCACUGUAUAUCGAUCUUAUGUUGGAGGUGAAGGAUAACAAGGAGAAGGGGAACUUCAAUCACCUGGAGCUCAACAUGUUCAAUGGUCUCCAUGACACACCUACUCUCAUGGAAAUGGCUGCACUCACCCUCUAUCUCCUCACUAUCAGCUAUUCCUACAUGCGUGUCGUGCGCGGCUCUGGGGAGCAGAGGAUUAACACCCUGGACCUUGUUCCUCUACAUGACAAAGUGAAGAAUCAUUGCCAGGCGGUGAUUGACAAUCCAGACCUCUUAUUGGCUCAAGACGCAUCAUUCGAAACUGGGUCCUUCGAUGGGAAGCCUUGGGAACGUGCAGAUGCAUUCUACACGGUCCAGAGGAUGGUGCCAACCCUUCCCUACUUACGCGGGUGCCUCAUUGACUUCUUUGAGGGUGCGCUUGAGACUUGGGAACAAUUUGGGUUGGAGUUUGAGAAGGGCAGGCCUAUCAAUGGCAUGACUGAAGAACAAAAGAAGAGAUUAUUCACCAGCGCAACAAAUGAUCACAACGAAGGUGCUCUCAGCAAAUUAUGCACUGAUCUCCGAUGUGCCCCCAAUAUGUCACUGACUUGCUGGAAUGCUGGGACAAUGUACAAAUGCAACAGGACACAUGGGUUCAUGAAGAAGAUCCUAACACAGAAGCACAAAGCCUUCCUAUGCAGCGAGGUCCAUCGCCUCGAUUCCUUGAAAUUGGAUCAGCAACGUCGUCAAAAGCAAGCUGAAUAUAACCAAUGA